AAUUGCGAUUUGUGUGUUACUUACGGAAAUGAGAUGACAAGCCCAACGUUACUCUGAAAAUUCACAAGAAACUGAUGAGAACGACGAAGUAAACGGAAAGGUUGCUGGUUCAGAUGAGGAAGACUUGCCUGGUUGACACUGUGUGUUGCCCCCCGUUGCCAUGGCAACGCUUUAUCUCCCCCCAUUCCUCCUGCUCAUUUUUCUGUCCUGCUUUGCUCUGUUGCUCCUGACGCUCCUUCCCUCUGUUGCCCCCUCGUUUCCCUUUUCCUCCUCUCCUUCCUCACCUUGGCCGUCAACGCCCUGUGGCCCAGGUCAGUCCUGGGCGGUCCGGCUCCACACUGGCCCACACCUGGAGGAAGGGGAUGCUGAACAGAGCUCCGUGGACCUCGAUGCAAUAGCCAACAGGAUAGCAGAGCAGACUGGACUGCAGAACCAGGGCCAGAUAGGACAGCUGGAAGGUCACUACUUGCUGUGUUCUCCUGAAGCUAGCGCCGGAAUUUGGAGUGAGAGCGUCCGGCCGGGGGACGUUCUGGCAGCCCACCCUCAUGUCUUGUGGUACUCGCAGGAGAGACUGCUCAGUCGCUCUAAGAGAUCAAUGGCCUUUAACGAUCCCAGAUACCCUAAACAGUGGCACCUGCACAAUCAUCUCACUGAGGGUAUGGAUAUCAACGUGACAGGCGUGUGGGAGCGCAACAUCACCGGCCGAGGAGUCACAGUGGUGGUGGUAGAUGAUGGGGUGGAACACACCCACCAGGAUAUCCAGCCCAACUAUAGUCCAGAGGGCAGCUAUGACCUGAACUCAAACGACCCAGAUCCCAUGCCUCACCCAGACGUCCCCGGCGACAACCACCACGGGACGCGAUGCGCCGGAGAGAUUGCGGCCGUCCCCAACAACAGCUUCUGUGCCGUGGGAGUGGCCUACGGCAGCAAGGUGGCAGGUAUCAGGGUUCUGGACGGCCCACUGACUGACAGCCUGGAGGCCAUAGCCUUCAACAAGCACUACCAGGUCAACGACAUCUACAGCUGCAGUUGGGGUCCUGAUGACGAUGGACGCACUGUGGACGGACCCCAUCCUCUGGGCAAGGCGGCGCUGCAGCAUGGAGUGAUUGCUGGCAGGCGAGGCUUCGGCAGCAUCUUUGUGGUCGCUAGUGGCAACGGAGGUCAAUACAAUGACAACUGCAACUAUGACGGCUACGCCAACUCCAUCUACACCAUCACAAUCGGAGCAGUUGACGAGAAUGGCAGGAUGCCCUUCUACGCUGAGGAGUGUGCAUCCAUGCUGGCUGUCACCUUCAGCAGCGGGGGGAACAAGCUGAGGAGCAUUGUGACGUCGGAUUGGUCCAUGCGGCACGCAACGGGAUGCACGGACGGCCACACUGGCACGUCCGCCGCGGCCCCCCUGGCGGCGGGAAUGGUGGCCCUCAUGCUGCAGGUCCGACCUUGCCUCAGCUGGAGGGACGUCCAGCACAUCAUCACCUUCACCGCCACCAAGUGUGACACGAAUGCAGACUGGAAGGUGAACGGAGCUGGUUUCCAUCACAGCCACCAGCACGGCUUCGGCCUGCUCAACGCAUGGAGACUCGUCAAUGCCGCCACGGUAUGGGAGUCAGUGCCCUUCCUGGUGUCCUAUCAGAGCUCAGUAACAAAAGAGGAAACAUCCAUCCCGACCUAUCCCAAGGAGCUGGUUCGCACCUGGGCUGUCUCCGCUGCUGACCUGACAGAGUCUGGAAUGCAGACGCUGGAGCAUGUGGCCGUUACCGUGACUAUAACUCACCCAUGUCGUGGCAACAUGGAGGUUGUGUUGAUCUGCCCCAGCGGUAUGAUGUCAGUCAUCGGGGCGCGCCGUGCCGUCGACAGAGAUGCUGCAGGCUACCAGGACUGGACAUUCUCCACCGUGCGCUGCUGGGGAGAGAGAGCCGCAGGCCAGUACCAACUCAAGAUAUCUGACCACAAAGAGCCGUCGUUUCUGAAGUGCGCCGCUGAGGGAGUGUUGAAGCAGUGGAAGCUGACCCUGUAUGGCUCCUCUAUGAGCUUCAGCGAGGUCAACGAAAGACAGAGGCUGGUGGAGGAGGCGAUGAGCGGCAAGUAUCUGGACAGCAACUUCUCUCUGCCCUGCCCUCCAGGCCUGAACAUCCCUCCAGAGAUCUUCAGCCCCUUUACCUCCAACACCCUCAAGUUCCUGCUGCUGCUGGGCUGCUUUUCUCUCUUCUGGUCUCUCUACUACACACUGGAGGUCACAUUGGCCCACCUGGACCUCAGGGGCCUUCUCUGCAUGCGCAAGAGACGGGGAGGUCAUUGGUCCAGGAGGGGGCGCCGAGGGAGAGGAGUGGAGGAGGCGGUGGUAGAGGAAGAAGAGGAGGACAAGGAGGAAGAGGAGCGAAACUCAGGGAUGGAGAUGAACACAAUACGGGACGCCGAGGCCAAAGUGCCGCUUUUCAGUGGAGAGGUGGUGGCAACAUAGCACUGAGCCAGCUGAAGGGUCCUAAAACCUCUCACUGCCUGUGCUUAUGGGACUUCUCAGGCUUUCACCCUCUCUUCCUCACACACGCCCAGCCUCCUGCAACCCGGCUGACCCCAGUCAGUCUCGAACGUGGUGGUGAGGGGUCAAAGAGUAGACUACUGAAGAGUGGACACUUUGUCCUUCUCUGCAUUCCUCAAACACGUGGCCUUGUAUGAAAAUCUGUAUUUGUGCCGUGACAGGAAAGUGUGUGUGUGUGUGUGUGUGUGUGUGUGUGUUUGUGUGUGUGUGUGUGUGUGUGUGUGUUUCUUAUACACCCAUGACCCAUCCCUCUUGCUAGUCCUGGGGUAAAAUUCCCAUCCCAAGAUUAUGAUUAGGUUAAGGUCAGAACUGAAGAGGAAUCUGAUAGGGUUUAAUGGUAUAAUUGCAUGUGUGAAAGUAUGUAUACAGGCUUGUCCGUGCAAAUGUGUACUCACAUACACUGAGGAUACACUUUACGGGCACCUGUGUGACCAUCAAAGCAAGAGAGACAAAAAUGUAUUGUGCACUACGGUAAGAAUCUGCUGUAUUAGAGAGUGUAGCGCGUGUGUGUGUGUGUGUGUGUGUGUGUGUGUGUGUGUGUGUGUGUGUGUGUGUUAGAUAUACUUGUAACAUUCAAGGUCUUCCAUGAAAAAGUGUUUUUGAGAGGGUACUUGUGUAUUUUUAAGAUUAAGAUUUAUUUUCUGAGCUGUGAUUUGAUGCAUUUGACUUUUAAGUCGUGGAUUCUUAUCUGUGGGUUGUCAGCCAACUACUGAAAAAACUUGAAGUGGGAUUUUCAAGUGUGGGAUUUGCAUAUGUAUUUUUUUAUGGAGUGUAAUAUAUACACGAUGUGUGCCUACUGUACAGAUAUAUACCAAGCGUUUUAUGAUUUAUACAAAGUGUUUUUAAAACAUGUAUUAAAGAAUUCUACUUUUUUAAUGUAA